AUGGGCUGGGCUAGCGCGAGAGUGAGCACGGCGGUCCCAAGCAGCGUUAGGGACAUCGAGACGGCGACGGAGCUCUACCUCAGAGGAUACCCCAUCAAUUCAGAUCGUGGUAUCGUCGUGGGCGAGAUGGACCUAGAGAAGGUCCCCUACAGGAGUUUGAGGUCCCUAUGGAGUGUCCUAACUUCGGUAGAAGUCCGCGGGAACAAGACUGAUCGACUAGCUUUGCUAGAAUUGAAGGCCCGAAUAGUUGAUCCUUGCAGGGUUUUGAGCUCGUGGAAUGAUAGUAGCGACAUUUGCAAGUGGUACGGUGUCACGUGUGGUUAUAGACAUCGCAGAGUCACCGUAUUGAAUCUCAGCUCUGAGAACUUGGCUGGGGUUGUUGCACCUCACAUUGGUAACCUGAGCUUUCUGAGGGAAGUUUAUUUGCAGAACAACAGUUUCUGCUCCGAAAUUCCCCCGCAAUUCGGCCGCUUGUUUCGAUUGCAGAAGUUGUUCCUUAAUAACAACUCAUUCAGCGGACAAAUCCCUUCAAAUCUCUCCCAUUGCUCCAAUUUGCUCAAUCUUGACUUAAGAGUAAACAAGCUCGAAGGAAAUUUGCCUGCAGAACUCAGCUUCUUGUCCAAGCUGCAACAACUCAAACUCGGAUUCAACGGCUUGACGGGAAACAUUCCGCCAUCGUCUGCAAACUUAUCCUCUCUUCAAGUUUUCAUAACUAAUUCAAAUAAUCUCAGUGGAAGUGGGCAAUCUACUGAUCUUGACUUCCUCUGCUCUUUAACCAAUUCCACAAAAUUGAAAGUCUUGUGUGCAAGGCGCAAUGCUCUUGGAGGACGAAUGCCCAACUGUAUCAGUAACUUGUCUAUCACUCUUUCGUGGUUUUUAUUAAGUGGCAAUCAUAUUUCUGGAGUCUUACCUUCUGGAAUUGGAAAUUUAAUCAAUUUGGAGAUCCUAGGAAUGAUGGCCAACAACAUCUCGGGAAACAUUCCUUCCGAGAUCGGAAAUCUGAACAAAAUGAAGAUUAUGUAUCUCGGCCAAAAUGAUUUCUCAGGGCAGAUACCAGGCUCUAUCGGGAAUUUAAGGAUGUUAAUCCAUUUGGGCUUGAACAUCAAUAAUCUCCGGGGCUUGAUACCGUUGUCUCUAGGAAACUGCCAGAAUCUACUUCUCUUGGACCUUUCGACCAACGACCUCAGCGGUAACAUACCCCCACAAAUUAUGUACCUCUCAUCUUUGUCAUUGUAUCUUGACUUGUCUCAAAAUAAUCUUACCGGCUCCCUUCCAAUAGAAGUUGGAAACUUGAAAAAUCUCGGCGAAUUACGUCUUAAUGGGAACAGAUUGUCUCAACAAAUUCCAAGCAGUAUCAGCAGUUGUGUAGUCAUGGAACGCCUAUACAUACAGGAUAACUUUUUUGAAGGGCCCCUACCAUCGACUAUAAGUUCCAUGAGAGGCCUUCAAAUUUUGAAUGUUUCCAACAACCGAUUGUUUGGCCAAAUCCCAGAAUAUCUAGAGUUGCUGAAUCUGACGAAUUUGAGCCUAUCUUACAACGAUUUCAAUGGCGCAUUGCCUACCGGAGGAGUUUUCGGAAGUGCCAUUUCAACUUCAAUUGUUGGAAACAAGAAGCUUUGUGGGGGUUUGCCAGACUUUCAGCUACCAAAAUGCAACUAUAAAGAGGCAAAGCAAAUAAGAACAAGCAGAACUACAAAAAUUCUGAUAUCCACAAUCUCUGUUCUUGUAGGAGUGGCAUGCAUGCUCUCUUUGUUAUAUUUCUUCCGGUAUAGACACAAUAAGAAAUCACUAGCUUCAAGCUCUUCUAUAGAAGGGCUUUUGCAUGUUUCUUAUCACAGUCUCCUAAAAGCGACUGGUGGGUUCUCUUCCACCAAUCUACUCGGCAUGGGUAGUUUUGGAUCCGUAUACAAAGGGCUUCUCGAUCAGACUCAGUCGAACGUGGCCAUCAAGAUUCUCGACCUAACACAUCAUGGAGCUUCGAAGAGCUUCAUAGUUGAGUGCGAGACCUUGAGAAGAAUCAGACACCGUAAUCUUGUGAAGGUACUCACGGCAUGUUCUGGGUUUGAUUUUAAUGGAAAUGAUUUUAAGGCACUAGUCUAUGAAUUCAUGUCGAAUGGCAGCUUGGAUGAAUGGUUGCAGCCAAUUGCAAUGCAAUAUACAACGAGAAGAAAGUUGAGUCUACUUGAGAGAGUGAAUAUUGCCAUUGAUGUUGCUUGUGCAUUAGAUUAUCUCCAUCAUCACUGUGAAACUCCAAUAGUUCAUUGUGAUCUAAAGCCGAGUAAUGUCCUUCUUGAUGAUGAAAUGACUGGACAUGUCGGCGAUUUUGGGCUUGCCAGGUUUCUCCCAGAAACAGUGCAUAAGUUACUAGCUCAUCAAUCAAGCUCUAUCGGAGUAAAAGGAUCUUUUGGCUACAUAGCUCCAGAGUAUGGCUUGGGAAGUGUAGUAUCCAUAGAAGGAGAUGUGUAUAGCUUCGGAGUCCUCAUUUUGGAGAUGUUUACAGGCAAGAGGCCAACCGAUGACAUGUUUGACAAUGGGUUGAACCUUAAUUGCUUUGCAAAGGCAGCUCUGGCAAACCGAGUGGAGAAUGUAAUUGAUCCUGUCCUACUUCAAGAAAUCCAGGAGUUGGAGAAGAGACGAAUGGUUGCGAGGGAUGGCAAGAACAAAAGCUGGUUUAGUACUCUAAAGUGUUUGGCUUUGAUCAUCGAAAUAGGAGUCUGUUGCUCUUCCAAGUCUCCAAGGGAACGAAUGGACAUCAGUGACGCAUUAAUCAAACUCCAAGGAGUCAGGAAGAAUUUCAUUGCCAUUGCCUAG